ACAGAAGAAAUAUUUUGCUUUUCGGAAGAAGAUCCCGACAAAGAGGCCCAGCUUCUUUUCAGCCAAAUAAAGGCAAAGAAUAUUAAAACCGACCAUGUACACCAGGACAAACACAAGCAGCACACAUGGAGACUUUCAGGACAGGAACGGAGUGAACUACGUCUCAUCGACAGAGUCUUUUGCCCACUGCUCUCAAUUGUUCUGGAAAAAGGACCCCAACGACUCCGGACCAAGUUCAACCAUCAGCUGGUGCGAUCAGCUCCCCUCGUCCUCUGCAGCCCUCUCCAGCUCCAGUCUCUCCUCAACGUCACUGUCCAGCUCCAGCCUCUCCAUGGAGUCCCAACCACCGGCGCCAGCGCCGCCUCCGCCAACAACAGCGCCGUCAGACGACACGGAAUCGGACGAGAGGCCGUAUGUCUGUGACCUGUGCAGCUGCGCUUACAAACAUGCUAGCUCGCUGCUCAACCACAAGCUUACUCACAAGACCGGAGACUUCAGGUGUGACUUCUGCAGCAAGCCCUACACCAACUACAUGUCGCUGCGCAACCACAUGCGAAUCCACGGUCAGAAGCGUUAUAUGUGCGACUUGUGUGGGAAGGCUUUCCGCUUGGCACGGUACCUCCGUAACCAUCAGAGGAUUCACGAUGAUGGGCCCAACCGCUUCGACUGUCCUUCCUGCUGCAAGAGCUACAGGACCAUGCUGGAGCUGGCCCAGCACCGCUGCAGCGCCGCAGCGUCCAAUCAGAACCGGUUCAACUGCCCGUCCUGCUUUAAGAGCUACCGAACCAUGCUGGACCUGGCCCAGCACCGCUGCAGCGCCGCGGCCAAAAACCAGACUGGUGGUCGGCGCUCCAACUUCUCCGCCGCCCCUCGCCGCCAGCAACAGCAGAACAACGCUAACUCCAUGAUGCAGCAACAGCAUGGAGGUCACGGCCAGCAGGAACCUCUGCCCUCACAUUGCGUCUCACCCAUGUCCCAGGGGGGGCCGGGCGCUGGUGUGGCCGGCCAGUCUGUGCCGGACCCCCACCAGCAGGGCCGUCCCAGCUCGGUGUCCUCUCAGAGCAGCCAGCAGGGCAUGAGGAGCUCGUCCUCCAACAAACACGUCUCCUCCUCCAGUGCCACCCCGUCCUCCUCCUACUCCCUCCUCCAGCCCCUGGUUCCUGAGGUAAAGGAGAUCAGCUCGGGAUACACCAGAUUGAGCGCCAACCCCAUGAUCCUUCCAGGUGAUCAUCCUCUUCUCCACACUCUCCCAUCGCGUCCACUGUCCCUGCUUGCCGAGCCGAAGCACCAGGACACUUUCUCCCUGGCCCCCCAGCGGCCCCUCACCACCAUCAACCCCAUCGGCCACUCCCUCCAUCCGAACGGAGCACCAUCGCUCAAGCCUUCCCCCGUUCCACGCACCAUCCAGGCCAUGCCCUGGGAGCAGCGCUCCCUCUACAAUCAAUGAGACUCCUGGGAACCACAUACACCCCCCCUUCCCACCCCCCACACACACCCUCCUCAGCACCCUCUCUGAUCCAGCAUCUAGGACGGAGGACUGGUGGACUCCGUCAGCACUCCUUUGGAACGUUGUGAGGAUGGUGAAGCGCGCCUUGGAGACUAGCUGAUUGAUUUCUGAGUAGUUAGGAUAAACAAUGUGAUGCCUUGACCUCAUGUAUGAUCUCUGACAUGUCCUGGAUAUAAGUUAAACUGUCUGUGCCCCAACUGUCCUCUUACUAAGAAUUUACCCCCAUCCUUCACUUCUGAGCUAGUUAAGAAAAUAUCUACCCCCCCCAUUAUGAAUAGUCCCCCACCCCCUCCCCUCGCCCCCUUUUCAUUAAAGUAAAUGAAACAAAAGGAUAUUUUUAUCAGGUGUGUGUUCCAGAUUCAGCUCCAAGCAUCCUUCCUUCGGUCCAACAUACUUUCCCAGAGGAAACGAACUUAAUUUUUCCUUCGAAGUGUUGUGGAUGAUGCCAGGAAGGAGGUGGCGUUCCGUCAGCGCCCACAUGUCCGAGGACCACCGCCGUUCAUCGUGUCCACGAACAGGCACUGAGGCAGCCGAUCCGUUUCCUCAUAUAGAACCACAGUAGAGCGGGAUCACCCCGACACCCAGAGGAAGAUUCACUCUUCACCACUGACCUGACUGGUGGAUUAUUGUACUUUAUUACACUGACUGGGAAUUCCAUGGAGAAGAUUCCAGAUCCUUAACGUUCCCAACAGACUGUUACAUCAUGUGUUCUCCACUCUGAAGCACUUUGGGACAGGUUCUGUCAGCCAGCCCCUCCCUCUGUGGAGCUUUACAUUAUACCUUCAUCACCUCCAUCAUCACCAUCGCUUUCAUGACCAGCAGGGAUUCUGUAAAGUCCUGUUUCCACCAGCAGGUCUGGGUCAGUACGCGACGGUUUGGUUGGAAAACCCUGAUAUCUGGUGCGUUUCCACAGCAACCAUAUCCUUACCUGGUAGAUGAUGUUUCAGCCGGAUAGCGAUAGAUGAGCCAAAACUAAAGGAGAAGAAUGGAGGACAUCCAGCAUAAAGCCAGCAUUUAUUUAAACAUGAAGCUCUGCUUUGUUCUUAUUGCUGAGUCACACAGGAAGUGACGAUUUUUUCCACCAAUCAGAGGAUUGCACCCUUUAGGGCCGGAUUUGUAAAAUAGCAGUGAUGUUGUAGGUAGGUACGUGUCUCGCGUACCUGACGCGUUCAAAUCUGAAAGGACGUAGUAAACUCACUAUUGAUGCGUCUCGGGGACACACCUAAUUUUUCCCAUGAAAAAAGGCACAUUGUGAACAACUUGUGUUUAAAAUCACAGUAACUAGCAAAAGAAGCUUUGAUGUCAGCAGGCCAGACAAGCGCUGUGUCAACGUGAUCUUGUACACGCAGUAUUGCAACAUGCUAGUUUAGCCACUACCAAAACAGCUAGCUUGUCACCGCAGAUUCAAUUUCAACAGUUACAGAUACGAACUCCAUAGUAAGCAAACUCAUUAUUUCUUUAAUUUCAUAUGUAUGCAUGAAUGUGUCCAUUAAUUAUAACCAUGUCAUACUAAACCACCAUCAAAGAGUUUAACACUACAAUAUAAGAAAUAGAAAGAAUUACAUUUUUUACCUGGGGACCCACUCAAAUCGCCACCCGUGGGGACUCACUAACAUCGAAACCUUUCAACAUCACUGGCACAAGACGGCUCAGGUCACAUAGAACCCUUCACAGUUUUUUACAUGUGGAAAUUCCCCAAAAAAUGCAUACCGAUCCGCACCGAACCAAACCCGACCCGACCCACACCAGACCAAACCGAACCAAACCCGUCCCGCACUGAACCAAACCCGACCCGACCCGACCCACACCAGACCAAACCGAACCAAACCCGUUCCGCACUGAACCAAACCCGACCCGCACCAGACCUAACCGAACCAAACCCGACCUGCUGGUGAUUACAGGGCUUGAGAGGACCUGGACUGAGCCCAGCAACACCUGGAGGCUUCAGAACGUAUUUCGCUCCACCCUGGUCCACCUCCACCCUGGUCCACCUCCUCUCCUCCCUGACCCACAUCCACUCCACCCUGACCCACCGCCUCGCCUCCCUGACCCACCUCCUCUCCUCUCUGACCCACCUUUUCUCCACCCUGGUCCACCCCUACUCCACCAUUACCCACCUUUUCUCCACCCUGACCCACCUCUACUCCACUCUGACCCACCUUUUCUCCACCCUGACCCACCUUUUCUCCACCCUGGUCCACCUCUACUCCACCCUGACCCACCUCUACUCCACCCUGAUCUACCUCUACUCCACCCUGACCCACCUCUACUCCACCCUGAUCCACCUCCACUCCACCCUGACUUACCUCCACCCUGACCCACCUCUACACCACCCUGAUCUACCUCUACUCCACCCUGACCCGCCUUUUCUCCACCCUGGUCCACCUCUACUCUACCCUGACCCACCUCCACCCUGACCCACCUCUACUCCACCCUGAUCUACCUCUACUCCACCCUGACCCACCUUUUCACCACCCUGGUCCACCUCUACCCCACCCUGACCCACCUCUGCUCCACCCUGAUCUACCUCUACUCCACCCCGACCCACCUCCACUCCACCCUGACUCACCUCCACCCUGACCCACCUCCACUCCACCCUGACCCACCUCUACUCCACCCUGACCCACCUCUACUCCACCCUGCCCACAGUGUUGCUUUUCCAAGUGAAAAAGAAAAGAAUUCCCAGCUGUGUGCGCUGCUCCGAGGAUGGAUAAACGCGGAGUUUUCCCGACUGACCUGAAGUUCAGAGUAUUUUGUAAAAUGGUCGAUCUGAUGAAUAACUGUUGAUUGAUCCAGUUUGUAGUUAGGCUCUCUAACAUGGUUUUAAUGGAAAUACCUUCAACUCUUCUGUCUUUUCUCUUUUUAAAGUUAUUUCUAUUUUUUAUUCAUGACAUGUUUUCAUCGUUGCUUUUUCUCUCCUUGUAAAGUGUCUUUGAGUAUUUAGAAAAGUGCUAUACAAAUAAAAAUGUUUUAUUAUCACCA